AAGGAUUCAAAUUUGGCAAAAGAGAAGGAAAAACGCCGGGUCUUAUUAUAAGUUACAAACCACCUUUAGCUUUUCAUUUUAAUCAAUGCCUCCGCACUUUCAACCACAAUUAGUCAAAACAUGACAGUAUUUGUGAUAAUUACAUACCAAAGUCCUCAAAUUUGUGAUCUUUAACUUUAACUAUCUUUAAUCCAAAGAGGAACAACCUCAGAUUAAGGUAUGGGACCCCAAAGUACUUUUGGCUGAGAUAUGGUAAUUAUCAUAUGAUCAUAUGGCCACCCCAGAAAGACAGAGAGUUUGAAAGAGACAGAGAGCAUGGGAUGCCGUGAGCAAAAAGAUAGAGUUGAAAACUAGACAGGAAAAAAAAAGUUAUGACCCCUUUUUUAUAGUACAUGUUUUCUUAUUUAACUUUAUUGUUUUUGUCUUUGGUAACUUUAAGACAAAAUUUGAGAAUACACGACCUAUAGCAGAUUUAGGCUGUGUCAGCUCUCGAAGGAAGAGCCACCUGGAGAAAGCUUUUGCCUGUUCAGUGUUCACAGUAGAACGAACCACAAAUGCUGCUCAGAGAAACCAUUGACAAGACCAAGGUUUUAUUUCACAAAACCUUCAGAAAUGUCAAGUCUUUCUUGUGUGGAGGGUACCAAAGACCACCCAGAUCCCUUUCCUUCAACCCUUUCACUUGCAGCAGCUGCUAUGGAAGAACCUACAGAAGAGACCAAUUCUACAAUGAGUUCUAUGAUCAUUUGCAGUCAGAUCUAAGCAUAAUCAAGAGGGUUGAUAGUGAUGCCUUGCCUGGGUCCAAAGAGCCACCAGAAGAUGGAGAUGCUUCUUGUACUGGAAACUACAUGAGUUUUGCCAAGCAAAGUGAACGAAAGAGCAAACAUGAAGGACAAGUGAAACGAAAGACCAAAGGGAGUUAUCGAGUUGGGAAGAAGGAAGAUUUAAGUCAUCAUCAACACAAGAAUGGAGGAGCUCAAGUUUUGGCACAGAAGAUGAAGGAAUUGGAGAUGAUAGAUGCAGCUGAUGUUGAGCAAGUUCUAGACAUAGAAGAGGCACUUCACUAUUAUUCUCGUCUCAAAAGUCCUGUUUAUUUAGACAUUGUGGAUAAGUUUUUCGUGGACAUGCACUCAGAGUUCUCUGCUUCACAGCCCUCUGUCAGUAGGAAACCCUCAAAAGGAAGGCGUCGCUCAAUCAGGUUGUAGAUUUGGUUUACCAAAUUGCAAACAAUGUUCAGGUGUAUAUGGAAUCUGUUUGAUCUGUUUCACUAUUUUGUGCUUCUUAAUCUUCUCUUCCGAGUGUGCUGUGUGGUUGACCGGUUUCCUUUCAGUUCUGGCCAUAUAGAGAUUUUUUCCUUCUUUAUCUUGUAUCAAUUGACUGCAUGCUUGAUCUUGUUCGUCCAAGUACAACAAAAUAUUCAAAUA